AUGGGCUCCUUUUUUUCAACGGAGCAAAAUACUGAGUCAGAACCUUUGAGGAAUUCACCAAAUGAACAGAAUACAAACCUGAGCAACACUUUGGAAACUCAAGAGGAGAACAGCGGUUCUCAAAAUCUGACCAACAAUUUGGAAACUGAACAACCGACCUCCUGGGAAAUUGAAGAGCUGACCAACGCUUUGGCACUUGAAGCUGUGAUGCGUAGACGCAGGACCAGAGCUUUAAAUGAAUAUAUGAGGACCAGAGCUUUAAUUGAACAGCUGAUGAGGGAUUCUCAACAGCAGCGCAACAAUGUGACACCUGAGCAGAGGGUUAGUGAUGCUGGACAACAGAGCAACAAUGCAGCAACAGGAGAGGAGAAGCGUUAUGACCCCGAAGACACCACACUGGUUUUUGUUGAUGGAGAAGAUGACAUGGAUUUUUUGGACGAUGACUUUAAGUCUCUCAGAGCCAAGAUGUCCUGCGGUCACACUGUCACUCCAAUGUCUCUCACCAACUGGUGUAAGUGGCUGCUGGACCAGGAUAAGGGCAGAUUUGUGUGUGGUCACUGUAAAGCUGAGUGGCCGUAUGAGGAGGUUCGUAAAAUGGCUCUUCUGACCCCUGAAGAAAAGGCGUACUUUGAAAAGAAAAUGUUCCAAUUUUCCAAGAAUAACUUGGAUGUCAAAUCAUGUCCUGGCUGCGAGUCUUAUGUGAUGAGAGCCGACCCGAAUAAUCUACAGGUCGACUGCAUAUCGUGCAUGAUAGAAAAACAUAAGGCCUUUACAUUCUGUUGGCGGUGUUUGAAUGAAUGGAAAGAUCCAGCAGCAAGUUCUGACCACUGUGGAAAUAAGGGGUGCCAAAACCCGCUGGAAAUACUGAGAACCUGCCCUGAUAUCACCUUUGAUGAUGUGAGGGGGGUCACUGGCUGUCCCUCCACCCGAGCCUGUCCCACCUGUGGUUUGCUGGUGGAGCAUGACGGAACUAUGUGUAAAAACAUUGAAUGUCCUCAAUGUAAAGUGGAGUUCUGUUUUGUGUGUCUGAAGCUCACUGAAGAGUGUGAGAGGAUGGACAAUUACUCAUGUUUAAAACCUUGCACUGAUGUAGCACCAAGACAGACCUCCAUACCUGUAUGGAACAGGAAGUAGGCUGUGUGCAAUAACUUCUGUUGAUUUAACACUCUCAAAAAACAAAAUUUUUUUAUAUAUCUACUGUGUUUUGAAUAUAUUUUACAGACCCAUUAAUAGUGGAUGAGAGUGGGUGGAUGGAUGGAUGUUUAGUUGUGAGUUUAAUCAAAUACAUAGCCUUUGCAACCACAUUGCCAUAUUUUCCCUAUUGUUUUUAUAAUACAUGUACUAUUACUUAUCCUUUUUAAAAAAUGUACACACCAUUUCAAUCAUGAUUAAACAGUAGACAGUGGAGCAGAUGAACUUUACAUGAAACUUUCUGGGUGAGCUGUGUGUAGCAAACUUCU